CCCUGCUCAUGUGACGCGCCGCGGGCUGACUCAGCGGGAGGGACGGGCUCAAACCGACUCCGUCACGCCGCGUCAGUCCAGAGUCGCACAAUUAUGAAAAAUCCACCUUCCGCUGGAGCUGCAGCGGACGCACACGACUCCCACCGCCGCCACCGGGCUUUCCUUCCUAGGCUUACCGAGCAGCGCAGCGCCGAUAGAUGGCUAGACGCCCCGGAUCAGCGCCUCGUGAGUCUGAACGGUGAAGAGAAUGUCCCAGAAGUCCUGGAUCGAACACACUUUCACCAGGAGGGAAUGUGUCUAUAUUCUGCCCGUGUCGAAGGACCCGCACAGAUGCCUCCCGGGAUGUCAGAUCUGCCAGCAGCUGGUGCGAUGCUGCUGCGGGCGGCUGGUUCGGCAGCAUGUGGGCUUCACGGCCACACUGGCGGUCAAAUACUCAGACGUGCGCGUGACCGAGGGCGAGCCGGCGGAUCUGGAGCAGUGGAGCGUGGAGAAGCACACGGAGGAGAGUCCGACUGAUGCUUACGGAGUCAUCAACUUCCAGGGCGGAUCGCAUUCGUACAGAGCCAAGUAUGUGCGUCUGUCCUACGACUCGCGUCCGGAGGCCGUCCUGCGGCUCAUGCUGAAGGAGUGGCAGAUGGAGCUGCCGAAGAUCGUCAUCAGCGUUCACGGAGGAAUCCAGAACUUCGACCUCCAUCCGCGGAUCAAACAGGUGGUGGGGAAAGGCCUGAUCAAAGCUGCCGUCACCACCGGGGCCUGGAUCCUGACCGGAGGGGUCAACACAGGUGUGGCCAAACAUGUGGGCGACGCUCUGAAAGAACAUCUGUCCAGAUCAGCGCGGAAAAUCUGCACGGUGGGAAUCGCGCCCUGGGGAGUGAUCGAAAACAGGAACGACCUCAUCGGAAGAGACGUUGUAGCGCCGUAUCAAACUCUGCUGAAUCCUCUCAGUAAACUCAACGUGCUCAAUAACUUCCACUCUCAUUUCAUCCUGGUGGAUGAUGGGACCGUCGGGAAAUAUGGAGCUGAAGUCAAGCUCAGGAGAGAGCUGGAGAAACACAUUAACCUGCAGAGAAUCCACGCACGCAUUGGUCAGGGCGUCCCUGUAGUGGCCCUGAUUUUUGAAGGGGGUCCAAACGUGAUCCUGACGGUGCUGGACUAUCUGCAGGAGAGUCCGCCGGUGCCGGUGGUGGUGUGUGAGGGGACGGGGCGCGCCGCGGAUAUACUGGCAUACGUACACAAGCAGACGGAGCAGGACGGCGCGCUGCCUGAUGGCGUUGAGGUCGACAUCAUUGCAACAAUCAAGAAAACGUUCAACUUUAGCCACAGCGACGCGCUGCAUCUGUUCCAGACGCUGAUGGAGUGUAUGAAGAACAAAGAGCUGAUCACAGUGUUUCCCGUGGGCUCUGAGGAUCAUCAGGACAUCGAUGUGGCGAUCCUGAAGGCUCUGCUCAAAGGCACGAAUGCGACGGCCUUCGAUCAGCUGGUCUUGACUCUGGCGUGGGAUCGCGUGGACAUCGCUAAAGACCACGUGUUUGUUUACGGACAACAGCUGCUGGUUGGUUCUCUCGAGCAGGCGAUGUUGGAUGCGUUAGUGAUGGACCGUGUGGAGUUUGUUAAGCUACUGAUAGAGAACGGCGUCAGUAUGCACCGAUUCCUCACGAUCACACGUCUGGAGGAGCUUUACAACACGAAACAAACGCCAACCAACCCGACCCUCUACCACCUGGUGCGAGACGUCAAACAGGGAAACCUCCCGCCCAACUAUAAGAUCACGCUGAUCGACGUGGGGCUGGUGAUCGAGUUCCUGAUGGGCGGAACGUACCGGUGCAACUACACGCGCAAACGCUUCCGCAUCAUCUAUAACAACCUGCACGGGAACAGCCGGCGGUCAGGGCGACACGCGACCAGCAGCUCCCAUGAGUCCUUCAGCAUUCAGGCUGAUAAAAAAGAGAAAACCCGACACAAUCACUUCAUCAAGACCGCUCAGCCCUACAAGCCCAAGCUGGAUUCGGCCACGGAGCAGCAGAAGAAGAAGAGCAGAGAGGAGGUGGUGGACAUCGACGACCCGGAGACGCGGCGCUUCCCGUACCCCUUCAACGAGCUUCUGGUGUGGGCCGUGCUGAUGAAGCGGCAGAAGAUGUCCCUGUUCUUCUGGCAGCACGGCGAGGAGUCCAUGGCCAAAGCGCUGGUGGCCUGCAAACUGCUGCGCUCCAUGGGAUACGAGGCCAAGAAGAGCGACGUGGUGGACGACACCUCGGAGGAGCUGAAGGAGUACUCCAAUGAGUUCGGCACGCUGGCGGUGGAUCUGCUGGAGCAGUCGUUCCGGCAGGACGAGACGAUGGCCAUGAAGCUGCUGACGUACGAGCUGAAGAACUGGAGCAACUCCACCUGUCUGAAGCUGGCGGUGUCGUCGCGUCUCCGGCCCUUCGUGGCUCACACCUGCACGCAGAUGCUGCUGUCCGACAUGUGGAUGGGACGCCUGAACAUGCGCAAGAACUCCUGGUACAAGGUGAUCUUGAGCAUCCUCGUUCCUCCCGCCAUCCUUCUGCUGGAGUACAAGACCAAAGCGGAGAUGUCCCACAUUCCCCAGUCGCAGGACGCCCAUCAGAGCAUGGAGGACAGCGAGCACAACCUGCAGAACCCCGACGACAUCCAGAUGGAUGUCUUUAAAGAAGUGCGAAUGAAUGAGAACGCAGAAAUGAAAAGCGAAUCGGAGGUCCACGUCCGCUCGCGCCGAUUACCCAUCACACGCAAGUUCUACGCCUUCUACCACGCGCCCAUCGUCAAGUUCUGGUUCAACACGCUCUUUUAUAUCGGGUUCCUGAUGCUGUAUUCAUUUGUGGUGUUGGUGAAAAUGGAGCAGCUUCCGUCUCCUCAGGAAUGGAUCGUCAUUCUGUACAUCUUCACGCUCGCGGUGGAGAAGAUACGAGAGAUGUUCAUGUCUGAAGGAGGGAAAAUCAGUCAGAAGAUUAAGGUGUGGUUCAGUGACUACUUUAACAUUUCUGACUUCCUGGCCAUCCUGAUGUUCUUCGUGGGCUUCGGUCUGCGAUUCGGCAGUGGUAACGUGUUCAUCGCGGGCCGGAUCGUGUACUGCCUUAACAUCAUCUUCUGGUAUGUGCGGCUACUGGAUAUCCUGGCUGUCAAUCAGCAGGCGGGGCCGUACGUCAUGAUGAUCGGGAAGAUGGUGGCCAACAUGUUCUAUAUUGUGGUCAUUAUGGCUGUUGUGCUGCUGAGUUUUGGGGUUCCUCGUAAAGCCAUUUUGUACCCAAAUGAGGAUCCUUCAUGGACUUUGGCCAAAGAUGUGGUUUUCCAGCCCUACUGGAUGAUGUAUGGUGAAGUUUAUGCGUACGAGAUUGACGUGUGUGCAAACUCAAGUGAGGAUCAUGCUAAGGAGCUGUGUGCGACGGGCGUUUGGUUGACGCCGCUGCUGCAGGCCGUCUAUCUGUUCGUCCAGUACAUACUGAUGGUGAACCUGCUCAUCGCCUUCUUCAAUAACGUGUACCUGCAGGUGAAGUCCAUAUCUAACCUGGUGUGGAAAUACCAGCGCUACCACUUCAUCAUGGCGUAUCACGACAAGCCCGUCCUGCCGCCGCCGCUGAUUCUGCUCAGCCACAUGGCGUCUGUCCUGUCGUCCAUCUGCAGGAAGAGGAAGAAGGACAGCAGCACCUACGGACCAAAGCUCUUCCUGACCGAGGAGGACCAGAAGAAACUGCACGAUUUCGAAGAGCAGUGCGUAGAGACGUAUUUCCACGAGAAAGACGAUCAGUUUCACUCUGGGAGUGAAGAGAGAAUCAGACUCACGUCCGACAGGGUGGAAACGAUGUGUGUGCAGCUGAAGGAGGUUGGAAACAAGGUGAACUUCAUCAAGCGCUCUUUGCACACGCUUGAUUCUCAAAUCGGACACCUGCAGGACCUCUCGGCGCUCACGGUGGACACGCUGAAGGCGCUGACAGCCCAGCGCGCGUCUGAGGCCAGUAAAGUGCACAACCAGAUCACGCGUGAGCUCAGCGUCUCCAAGAACCUGGUGCCCGAUGUGACGGGACACUCGAAGUCGAGCGCGCUGGUGCGCUGCAGUGUGGGAUUCCUGCCGCCCGCCGCCAGCAUAGCGGAGUCGCUGUUUGGGGGCGGAGCCGAAGGGCUGCAGGGGGCGGAGCUUCCUCAGAGCCCGGACAGACGCGCUCCGUUCACGGCCGAGGCGGGAUCCUCCAGCUGUGCCUUACCGCAGUCGCUCACGCGCACUCACUCCCACAGACGCUCCCUCCGUGAGCACGCGGGUCCCGCCAGCCUCGUCAGUGCGCCGGCAACCGCGGCUACAUUCUUUGUCAGCACGCCGUCACACCUCGCCGACUCUCAGCACUCGGGGCAGACGGAGCCGUCGCACAGCGCCGUGGAGUUUGGUGCCUUCGUGGGUCACAAGGAUGAGCCUGAAGGUCAGAAGUCGUUCCCUAAGGAGAGUGCAGUGAGCGGGCGGCAGUCGAGUCCGUCCAGAAAGGGUCGAGAUGUGGCGGUGUCGCAGGGUCACAUGCGGACGGUGAACUCGUACGCCGGUUUCACAGAGUUCGACAGAAACCCUUCGUUCCUGCAUCCAGAGUCCACGCUCAGUAAGCAGGAGAGGACGCGUGUGUCGCUGGAGGACGUCUCGCGCUACGAGGAUCUGUCGGCCGCUCUGCUGUUGGGUAAAUCAGCUCAAUCCAGCAAACUGAGUCCAGGAGAAGACAUCUCAAACACUGCAGCGGGUCUGUACGCCGCCCGUCACACACACCUGGGCGCACGCAAGGACUCGAUCGGUUCUCCGUUCAAGCCCAUGGAGAGUUAUCAGUAUUCAGCGGUGGAGCGUAAUAACCUGAUGCGGUUGUCCCAGAGUAUUCCAUUCACCCCAGUGCCCCCUAGAGGUGAACCCGUGACCGUGUACCGUCUGGAGGAAAGUUCUCCCAACAGCAUCAAUAACAGCAUGUCGUCGUGGGCUCAGCGCGGCCUCUGCGCCAAGAUCGAGUUCCUCAGUAAGGAGGAGAUGGGCGGAGGCCUGCGGCGCGCGCUGAAGGUUCUCUGCACCUGGUCCGAAUACGACAUUCUGAAACCUGGACACCUGUACAUCGUCAAAUCCUUCCUACCUGAGGUGGUCAACACCUGGCAAACCAUUUACAAAGAGGAAACAGUCCUACACCUCUGUCUCAGGGAAAUUCAGCAGCAGAGAGCGGCUCAGAAACUCACGUUUGCCUUCAAUCAGAUCAGACCCAAAACAAUCCCAUACUCACCCAGGUUCCUGGAGGUGUUCCUGCUGUACUGUCAUUCUGCGGGUCAGUGGUUUGCCAUUGAGGAAUGUAUCACUGGAGACUUCCGCAAGUUUAAUAACAACAACGGGGAUGAAAUCGUCCCAACUAACCUUCUGGAAGAAACCAUGCUGGCCUUCAGCCACUGGACGUAUGAAUACACACGCGGAGAGCUGCUCGUGCUGGACCUGCAGGGAGUCGGUGAGAUUCUGACAGAUCCGUCGGUCAUUAAGAGCGGAGAGAAAGGGUCUUACGAUAUGAUCUUCGGUCCUGCAAACCUCGGCGACGACGCCAUUCGAAACUUCCGCGCCAAACAUCACUGCAACUCGUGCUGCCGAAAACUCAAACUUCCAGACCUGAAACGGAACGACUACACCCCAGAUAAACUCACGCUGCAGCACGACCCCUCCGAGGGCCCGUCCCACUCGCCGCCUACAGGGGGCGCCACUAAGGAACAGCGCCCAUCCAUGCGCUUAAUGCUGUGAGCCGCACGCACACAAACACACUCCUGCAGGGCUCGCAUUGCUGAAAACGGUCUUCGCAUUGUCCCGAGUAGCGCAUGAUACAAGAAACAAAGACACGGUGCGCGUUUGCGUGUUUUGUGCGUGAUUUUUAUGCCGUUACGUUGAGAAUGAGUCACCUCUGAACAAAUGAACAGAUGCAACUUAGAUGUUUUAAUAAGUCACAUUUUAUCCUGUACAAUUAUAACAGGGAUUGUCAUCUUUUAAAAGUAUUUUUUAAGAUUUUUAUGUCUGUAUAAAAUUAUAAAGUGGUUAAUAACUGGUACAUUAUCACUGUAUAGUUAAAUAUUUAUUCUAAACUACAACAAGUUGCCUUGUAUAAAAUAAAGCAAUUUUACAUGUGAUGUCCGUCACUUUUUGGAAAGAACACUUGCUUAUGAUACUAUUAUCAGAUUUUGUACAGAGCUGUAUGCCAACAGAAUGUUUUUAUGUACAGAAACACACAUGUGGAGAGCUGUAUGAAUGCAUUUAUGUUUCAGACUUCAUUUAUGUUUGAAUCUCGUGUAGAUUAUGGGCAGAUUGCAAUGCAAAUGACAGCGCAGUGUGUGUGAUUUCACUGUGCUGACCACUGAAACCAGUCCACACAAUCAAGACUCGAGUUUAUUAUGUUACAGCGGUACUUUUGUCAUUUAUUGUCGUUGGAGUAUCGUGUGAGAGUGUUAAUCUAGUGUAUCUCAUAGAUACAUUUAUCUGGCACGAUUCUAUCAGCUGAAACAUGAGAAUAUUUGAUGCUGGUGAUAUUAAUGGAUCUGUAAACAUUUUUUACUGUAUAUUUAAUAAAACACUGAAAAAAUCA